GCAUUUCAGAAAUUAUUGAAAAUUCUAUUACGGCAAUUACCCUCCACCCACCGGCGACAUUCUCAGGCUCAUCCUGACCCACACCCAGACGGGCCGGCUGAGCUCCAGCAGCACUUGUGCGUUGCCUGGAACCGAUCCGAUCCUGUAGCUGUUCCACAGGGUGCCUAAAGCGGCGAUUAGACGCUUGAAUGGCUGCACAGGGGCCCAACACGCUGUCAACACGCCGAAUAAAAUCGGCCAACGGACAACGCACAUGUUCGAUUAUGGCGACCAAAGAGCGACCAAGCAGAACCAGCACCCAGUCAGCGCGAGCGAGUACGCGGCUAGUCCACAUGGAUACCCGGACUGGCUUUGUGCUUCACUGAGUGCGCAGGGGUAAUGAGAGAUAUGCCAGCAGGCGCAGGCGCAGCACAAGGGAGCACCAACUUUGGAUGUUAAACUCUGCUCCUGGCACCAUUCAGCGUUCGUUCGCAUUCCGUGGCUAGUCGCAGCGCGAGACGGAACUCGGCUCGGACAGAACACACAGACACACAGCGUCAGUCCAGGUCCAAGUCCAAGUCCAGGUCGAACUCCAAGCCUCCUCCUUUUACUGUUCAUCCUUUUGUGUGUGCUAUUUGUUGUUCUUGCUGUUAACGUUGAUUUUUUUUCCUGUGCCUGUGCCUCCGCCGUGUCUGUGUGUGUUUUUUUGGGCUUCGCGUGAAGUGCACGAGCGCGUCAUGAUUGUCAAUAUGCCCGUCAAUGGCACGGGCAGUGUGCGUGCUCCCGGUGUCCAUCCAAGUCCAGCUACAAACAACAACAACAACAACAACAGCAGCAGCACCAACAAUAAUAACAACAACAACAGCAGCAGCAGCAGCAGCAGCUCCAGCGGCGGACACCUCGUUGGAGAUGGAGUUGGAGACUGCGAAUAUAACUUCUUGAAGCGCAAAUACGAGUCACAGGUGGAGGUUGAGGGACAGGAGCUGGCACUGGGCCAGGACUACGAUCAACUGGAGACGAAUCCCUGGAAGAAGCGACACCUCGAGUACGAUGCCGGCGACCUGCACUUUCACCUUCAGCUGGAGUCACCAGCAGCCAGCAGCACGGCCAGUGGCGGCUCCGCGGCACCCUCUGCCGUUGCCGUUGCUGCUGCAGCUGGAGCUGGAGCUGUGACUGUAUCUGCAUCGGCACCAGAGUCAUCGGCUGCGUUUAUUAACGAUUUGUUUGCCUACGACAGCAGCCUGCUGGUGCCGUCGGCCGCUUUUUGCGGCCCACCCAACACGCUGCCCACGACCACGCUGAGCGCACCCCUGGAGGAUGGUCCCGGCGGCGGCUGGCAGACGGGCGAGCUGCUCGAGCUCGAUCAUCGCUACAACUCUGGUCUGCAGGCGGAGAUUGGCCAGUUGAGUGCGACGCUGCCGCUUGCCAGCUCCCAGCAGCAGUCCCAGCAGCAGCAGCAGCAGCUCCAGCACCACCAGUCGCAGUCGCAAUCGCAAUCGUCGGCACAGAGCUUCAUGGUGCCACUGAAACAGUCGGGAUGUCGGAUUUUGCCCACGGGCAGGCGCACUUCGUCAGGAUCCACGGGCACGCCAUCGACUACGACAGCUAACGAUGGCUCGGAGGCGGACUUUGAGGACAAGAAUCUGUCGUGGCUGCUCAACUUUAAGUUUGACGAAUUCCCCCAUCUGUCGCCCCAUGGCCAGGGGCAGGGCCAGGGACAGGGCCAGGGACAGGGACAGUCCCAACCGGUGGGACAAGCCGAGGCCGUAACGCCCACAAAUAUUGUCAGCACAUCGCCCUGCAGCUCUAACUCGCCGCAAUCCGCAUCCACAUGCACCACAAGCUCAAAUCAUUCGCUCAACUCCAGCCUGCUGGAUCAGCGGGACCAGCGAUCUCCCAAGAGCUGCACCAACGUCCCCCCCAUGGGUGCAUCCACAGUUGGAGUAGCUGGCGCUGCAGCCGGCGGCAACAUAAGCAGCUCCACCAAGACCGGCCGCAAGUUCGAGGAGCUCGUAAUGGAAGUCACCUCGGAGCUGGAUGGCAACGAUAUGAUAGUGGCCGAGCAUGUUGUGGUCGAGGAUACAACCUCCAAGGCGCCAAAGAAACCACCGUUCACCUACACGGAACUCAUCGAAUACGCCCUCGAGGACAAGGGUGAACUGACUGUGUCGGGCAUAUACCAAUGGAUAUCCGAUCGCUUUCCGUAUUACAAGUCAAACGAUGAUCGGUGGAAGAACUCGGUGCGACACAAUCUAUCCAUCAAUCCGCACUUUCGGAAAGGCGUUAAGGCGCCACAGGGCGCUGGCCACUUGUGGGCCAUCUCCAGCGGAGAUUCCGCCGAGAAUGUCUUGGCCUGGGAGCACAAGAAGCAACGGCUCGAUUUGUUCUUUAAAAUGGAGUCCAUCAAUCGGGAGCGCAUUCAACAGCAUCAGCAGCAGCAACUCCAGCAGCAGCAGCAGCAACAGCAGCAGCAACAACAGCAGCAACAGCAGCAGCAACAGCAACAACAGCAACAUAAUUGCCACUCGCCGCAACUGGGACAGACACAGACACAGACACAGGGAAUAAAUCAAUCGAGCAAUGGCUGCCUGUACGAUGAGGCAGCCGUGGCAGCUGCCACACUCACGCAGGAGAUGCUGCAACAUGCUGCAGCAACGACAAACGAGUCAACGUCAGGACAGUCGCAGUCGCAGUCACAGUCCCAGACGCAGUCGCAGUCGCAGUCUCAACAUCAUUCCAAUCAUCAGCAUCACCAUCAUCAUCAUCAUCACCAGAGACUGCUGCCCUUCAACGAUCUGCUGAGCGAUGACGAGCUGCGCAAGACGGCCGGCCAGAUACUUAAUGGCAUUCAUCGCGAGGUGGAGGUGCAAUCGGUGAACUCCAUCAUCAGCACCUACCACGACGUGCUGCUCGACAAUGAAGACUAUCUCAAUCCCAUACACAAGGAUGUUGUCGUUACGGAGAGCGGUCUGAGGCAGCAGCAGCAUGGCAGCGUGGGCAGCGGCAUACACAUGAACAGCGGCAACAGCCUCACCCACUCGCAGUACUACAUCACCGAAAUCGAUCCCAUGGAGCUGGGCAUACAGAUGUCCCACCAAGUGGAACCCUCCGAGGAGGAGGUGCUUUUCAGCGAUGAGUUCAAUCUCAAUUACUUUGGCUACAAUCCCGGCAGUGAUAUUGUCGCUUGACCGCGCAGACAACACUCGGAAUUGGCUUCGGUUCCAGUGCCUGUUUCCGUGUCAGCUUCAGCUGCGGCUCCAGCUCCAGCUCCAGCUCAGCCAAGCAAUUGAGGUGGCCCAGUGCGCUAUGCUCGCUCCAUGCCAGAACAACAAUCGUAACUGUAGCAGAUCCUACUCAUAAGCCAACUCUCAACGAAAAUACUAGUCACACAUUCACCAAAAAACACUCACAACUAACCACCUAAGGACCUGUAGGACUGUAGAGGAACCUUUACCCAUCAUCAGCGCCCCCCCCUUAUGUAUAGUCUAGUCUUGAGUACAAAUCAAAUGCUCAAAUCCCAUUUUUUGUCUAUAUUUUAGUUGAAUACUAGGUACGUCCAUAAAUAGGCGCUAAGUAGCUUUCUAGCGUUAAGAAUAUGUUUAUCCAACAUAUUGUAUCCCUCAUAGCUCUUUUCCGAAUUUAGUUAAGUGUUUCUACAAGUAGUCGAAUAAACCCUACCUACCCUACCUAACUAAACAUAGGCCUAUCGAGCACAUACUGAUAGAGAGAUAGAGAUACAACUAAACCUUAUUAAACGAACUUGGAAUAAUGUACUUGGGGUACACUGUUUACCCCCUGCAACA